GGGGUAGUUCACAAUUUUCGAAAAGAUAUAUUUGCUCUCAAUUUGAACAUAUUAAACGACUGCCCCAUUUCUUUGCCGAUUCUCAAACCCGUUAUCCUCCAGGCGAAGUCCCUCUCAACAGUCAUUUGAGCUUCAACAGAAGGAUUUAUUUCUGAACUCUUGGCUGCCACGGCGAUUCUGAUAUUUCUGUUUCAUGGCUGUAUCAUCUAGGCAGCUAUUUCUAAUGCUGUAAUCCUUUUAUGGCAGUGACGACAUUAGCUGUUCAUAUGUGCAGCAUGGGUUUCGGUGAGAAAUGCUUGCGACAUGCUGUAAAUUUUGAAGCCGAGAGAGCAUACAGGAAUAUAUUCGGCAGAAGGCUGAGGUUUUGUUUAUCAUCAGGCUUCCGAUCAAAGCAUAAGUUUCCAGAAAAGUUGUUGAAGGGUGUUGAUGGUUGUGAAAAGGAAUCGGCUUUUAUGGGCUACAGUGGUCUUGAUGAAUUAAUUGGCAACAGUAGAUCUAGAGAAAAGUUCAUUGAGAAUCUUAAAGGCGAAAAUUUUGAGUUUGAUGCCGCCUUGGCAUGCAAACAAUUCCCUUCCAUUACCUUGGGUUGCUUCCCAACCGUGGAAUUGUAUGAUGGACCUGCGUGCUAUUCUCAAAUCACAGAAUCACUGGUGCCUCAAAUUCUUGGAGGAAGUAUUCCCAGUCAUAUUGAUGCAAAUUGGGUGGAUCCAAAAUGUUUGUACCAAAAUCUGCAGUCUAUAUAUUCAGAGAUGUCGAAUAUGAAUGCCCCUUAUAUCCUGGAAGAAAAGGUCGACCAAUGUUUUAUUCAUUCUCAGUCACCUGAUUGGAAGAUGGAGACAAGAAAUGCUUUACAACUGACUGCAGAUAAACCUUGCAGCAAUGCUGGCUCUGUGACCCAACAAACUGCAACCUCAGUGGCAGAAAUUCUUGAUAAACAUAUCAACUGCUUAACUGGGCUGACCAAACGCCAGCUCAGUCAGCUAGAAAACUGUGGUUUUCACACGCUGCGGAAACUGCUACAUCAUUUUCCUCGCACCUAUGUCGAUUUGCAGAAUGCUGAGAUGGAAAUUGAUGAUGGACAGUACUUGAUCUUUGUGGGGAAAAUAAUGUCAUCAAGAGCAAUCCGGGCUAGUUCUUCAUUCUCAUUUCUGGAGGUAGUCGUGGCUUGUGAGGUUGCAGAUGCUGACCCAAAUCCUGAGUGCACGCCAAACAAACUUGAAGAAAGACAGAAAAGGACAAUAUAUUUGCAUUUGAAGAAGUUUUUCCGUGGUACCCGCUUCACAUGCUCACCUUUUCUAAGAAGUAUUCAGGAAAAGCACAGGGAGGGAGAUAUUGUCUGUGUCAGUGGGAAGGUGCGGACAAUGCGCGGUAAAGAUCACUUUGAAAUGAGGGAGUACAAUAUCGACGUGCUUAAAGGUGAAGACGACUCAUGUGUUUAUCCAAAAGGGAGGCCUUAUCCAAUAUAUCCUUCAAAAAAAGGUCUUAACCCUGAGUUUCUUAGGGAUAUUAUUUCAAGAUCUUUAAAGAUAUUGCCAGUCGAACUUGAUCCUCUCCCUAAAGAUGUUACUCAGGAUAUAUGCCUUCCAUCCCUUUCUGAUGCAUAUAUUGGAAUUCACCAGCCAGCUAAUUUGAACGAGGCUGAUUUAGCUCGCAGAAGGCUUAUAUUUGAUGAGUUCUUUUAUCUUCAGUUGGGAAGGUUAUUCCAAAUGCUUGAGGGUCUUGGUACAAAGGUAGAAAAAGAUGGAUUACUGAAGAGGUACACGAAACCUGAGUUGAACACAAUAUUUAUGGAAGAAUGGUCAAGUAUCACCAAAACAUUCAUGAAGGUUCUCCCAUAUACACUUACAUCCAGUCAGCUGCGUGCCACUUCAGAAAUAAUAUGGGAUCUAAAACGACCAGUUCCAAUGAAUAGACUAUUACAGGGUGAUGUUGGAUGCGGUAAGACUGUGGUAGCAUUUCUAGCAUGCAUGGAGGUAAUUGGCUCCGGAUAUCAGGCAGCUUUUAUGGUUCCAACUGAGCUUCUAGCUUUCCAGCAUUAUGAGCAUCUUCUUGGAUUACUUGAGAAAAUAGAGGCGACCAAUGAAAAACCUUCUGUUGCUCUGUUGACAGGCUCUACCCCGUCAAAGCAAGCCCAACUUAUUCGAAAGGGUCUUCAAACUGGAGAUAUCUCUAUGGUCAUUGGAACUCAUACUUUAAUAGCUGAAAAGGUGGAAUUUUCAGCUUUGCGUAUUGCUGUUGUUGAUGAGCAACAUCGUUUUGGUGUCGUUCAAAGAGGACGCUUCAACAGCAAGUUAUAUUUUAACAGCAUAACUUCCCAACUGGUGUCAACUAGUUCAAAUAACUCUGCAAAGAAUGAUGUUGCCAUGGCUCCACAUGUUCUGGCAAUGUCUGCAACACCAAUUCCAAGAUCACUUGCCCUGGCUUUGUACGGAGACAUGUCUCUGACUCAGAUUACUGAUUUACCUCCGGGAAGAACACCAGUUAAGACAUACAUUAUUGAAGGAAACGAGGCUGGGUUUGAGAGGGCUUAUCAGAUGAUGUUGGAGGACUUAGAAGCAGGAGGGAAAGUAUAUCUCGUCUAUCCUGUAAUCGAGCAGUCUGAACAACUGCCUCAACUCCGUGCUGCUUCAGCUGAUCUUGAAACUAUCUCGACGAAGUUUUCUGGUUAUAAAUGUGGACUGUUACAUGGAAGAAUGAGAAGUGAUGAGAAGGAAGAAGCUCUGAGGAUGUUUCGAUCUGGAGAAACAAAUAUAUUGCUGUCGACACAAGUAAUUGAGAUUGGGGUCGAUAUACCAGAUGCAUCCAUGAUGGUUGUAAUGAAUGCUGAGAGAUUUGGGAUGGCACAGCUGCACCAACUUCGAGGUAGAGUCGGACGUGGAGAGAGGAAAUCCAAGUGUAUAUUAUUAGCAUCUACUAGCUCUAGCCUAAAACGAUUGAAGGUGCUGGAGAAGUCAUCGGAUGGUUUCUACCUAGCAAAUAUGGACCUUGUCCUUCGUGGACCUGGUGACUUGCUAGGUAAAAAACAGUCAGGUCACCUGCCAGAGUUUCCUGUGGCUAGGUUAGAGGUAGAUGGGAAUAUUCUUCAGGAUGCACAUCAUGCGGCACUGAAAGUCUUGGAAACUUCACAUGAUCUGGAGAAAUUUCCGGACCUGAAAGCUGAGCUUAGCAUGCGACAGCCGCUGUGUCCUCUAGGAGAUUGAUGCAUCAGGUACAGCUUCACCACCAUGUUAAACUGUAGGACAUAUGUUGUACAUAAUAGUAAAGGAAGAAAGCAGACGAGUAUACUCUGUAAAUUGUUUGUAUUAGCAAGUGGAAAGAGCUUCAAGAUUACUGGUUAUAUCUGAUGCUAAUGGAUUGUAUGUAAAAUUGAUGAGAAUUACCAUUA